GCGUUCCCUUGGCUCCCGGCGGCGGCGCCAUGGACCAGGCUGUGGGCGACCUGAAACAAGCGCUUCCCUGCGUUGUCGAGUCACCCGCGGUCCAUGUGGAGGUUCUGCAGCGCAGCGAAAGCACUGCAAAAAAAGAAGACAUAAAGCUGAGUGUUUACAAGCUGCUCAACAGGCAUAAUGUUGUGUUUGGAGAUUACACGUGGACUGAGUUUGAUGAGCCUUUUCUGGCAAGAAAUGUUCAGUCAGUGUCUAUUGUUGACACAGAAUUAAAGCUUAAAGACCCUCAGCCCAUUGAUUUGAGUACAUGCACCAUUGCACUUCACAUCUUCCAGUUGAAUGAAGAUGGACCCAGCAGUGAAAAUUUGGAUGAAGAAACAGAAAAUAUAAUUGCGGCAAGUCACUGGGUUCUGCCUGCAGCUGAAUUUCACGGGCUUUGGGAUAGCCUCGUGUAUGAUGUGGAGGUCAAAUCACAUCUCCUUGAUUAUGUGAUGACCACCUUACUCUUCUCAGACAAGAAUGUGGACAGCAACCUUAUCACUUGGAACCGGGUGGUGCUGUUGCACGGUCCUCCAGGAACUGGAAAAACAUCCCUUUGUAAGGCAUUAGCCCAGAAACUGACCAUCAGACUGUCAAGCAGGUACCGGUAUGGCCAAUUGAUUGAAAUAAACAGCCACAGCCUCUUUUCUAAGUGGUUUUCAGAAAGUGGCAAGUUGGUAACUAAGAUGUUCCAGAAGAUUCAGGACUUGAUUGAUGAUAAAGAAGCUCUGGUGUUUGUGCUGAUCGAUGAGGUGGAGAGUCUUACCGCUGCUCGAAAUGCUUGCAGGGCAGGUGCAGAGCCAUCAGAUGCUAUUCGUGUGGUCAAUGCUGUCUUGACUCAAAUUGAUCAGAUUAAAAGGCAUUCCAAUGUGGUGAUUCUAACCACUUCCAAUAUCACUGAGAAGAUUGAUGUGGCUUUUGUGGACAGAGCUGACAUCAAGCAAUACAUUGGCCCCCCCUCUGCAGCAGCCAUCUUCAGAAUCUACCUCUCUUGCUUAGAAGAACUGAUGAAGUGCCAGAUUAUAUAUCCUCGUCAGCAGCUGUUGAACCUUCGAGAGCUGGAAAUGAUUGGCUUCGUUGAAAAUAAUGUGUCAAAGUUGAGCCUCCUUUUGAGUGAAAUUUCAAGGAAGAGUGAGGGCCUCAGUGGCCGGGUCCUGAGGAAACUCCCUUUCCUGGCUCAUGCGCUCUACAUUCAGGCACCCAGCGUCACCAUCGAGGGUUUCCUCCAGGCCCUGUCUCUGGCAGUGGACAAACAGUUUGAGGAAAAAAAGAAGCUUUCAGCUUAGAUCCCAGACAUCCUUAUCUGUGGUUUUCAAUGGACAACUAGUAGGUGAUAACACCUACCUCACAGUGCACAUUAGAGAUUAUUCUAAACAAUGUAGGUCUGCAAGGCAGACAGAUGGGAUGGUGAACUUUGUCAAAAGAAGGAAGGACUGUGUUUGUGUUAUUUUAUAAUGCAUAUUUAAAGGCAAACUCCCUGUCUUUUUCAGUUUUAAAAAGAUAGUUCCAAUUCUGUUUGCAUCUAUGUAAAGACUCAUCUAAAUAUUGAUUCCCAUCCUGACUCUAGCCUGUCAGACACAAGAUGUUAAAAUUUGUUUAAAAUAAAGGGAGCUCAAAACAGCUAUCACAGAACAAGAGGCAUAAUGCAGUUACAGCACUGAAGGAUAGAUCCUUCGCUCAAGCUAGAAGGGACCAGUUAGCUUCAGUUAGCACAACAUAAUAUCUUGUGCCUCAGUUAGCACAAGAUGUUAUGUAAUGGAUGAGAAAGCCAUGUUUCUGUGAUACAGAAAUUGAGCAAAGGAAUGCAGGUGCAGGUGAGGACUUCUUUGAUAGUGAUCAGAUGUCAUGUUCACAGGAACAAAGCAUGCUUUCUACAGCCAAGUGAAGUAGGCAAUGUGUGUCUUGUUUCUCCACUAAUGUUACUCAUAUUUCAAGUGAAAAUGCAUGUUGCCAAAUAUAAGUUAAUAAGUGUUAUACCUCACAGAAUAUCAUGUUUUAUGUCAUCUUGGCAUUAAUGCUUUGUACAUGAAGCUACUUUUAAAAGGAGUGCUGUUUUUUCAUAGAACUUUUUUAAUAUUAAACUUGUUUUCAGAAUACUUUUAUUUUUAU